UUACUUGUAGGAAAUAUUGAAUUGGAACCUAAUGCCACGAGUAUUCCUAACAAAACUGAUACAUCAAAACCAAGUUGUUCUAAAACACUCCAGGAGGAUGGUUAGUAAUGUUUUUAUUUUAUCAUUGUGAUAAACGUCCAGAAAUAUUUUAAUAUACAGCAAUCUUUUAAUAUAAUGUUACUUGUAGAAAAUAUUAGAUUAAAACCUAAUGCCACUAGUACUCCCAACAAAAACGAUACAUCAAAACAAAGUUGUUCGAAAAUACUCCAAGAGAAUGCAAACAAUGAUGAGAUUCCAUUCUCAGGUGAAGAUGAUUUUGACUGUAAUGAUAGGAGAGAAAUGUUCGACAGGACAUAUGACCUGCAUGUGGAUAUAAAUCAAAUAAGUACAUCUGAUUGUGAGUUAGUCUGUGCGCACCUUCUUUAUAUAAAUUACAAUUUCUUUAACUCUCUACAUUUUAAUUUGGUUUUUCACAAUGAGUUUAGCUGACGAAAAGAUAAGAACACUUCUAAGCAGAACUGAGGAAGAAGAACCAAAAGAGAACGAUCCACUUCAAACCAGAACAGGCAACACUGAUGGAAACAAAACAAGUGUCACAGCACUUUUGAAACAAAUGUAUGAGAAAACUGUAAAAAUAGAACGAAGGCAGAUAAACCUAGAAAGCAACAUCGAAGAGAUAAAGCAACUUCUACUUUCUAGAACAGGAACUUUGACACAUCCUAAAGAUUUACCAAAAUUACCUUUACAAACUUAUACUGAUUCAAAAUACUUGGAGGAAAAAAUAAAUCGCGAAGAAGGACAGAAAGACUAUGUUAUCAAGAGAUUGUGUUUAGCUGCUACAGGGACCAGUGAUAAAGAAUGUGCCAAGCGAGUAAUGGAAAAAUUAAUGUCCAAUCAUGUUGGUACUUUUUACAGUUGGCAGGGAAGUGGUGGAAAGAAAGCUUCAUUUAAAAACACUGUAAUGAUGGAAGCUGUAAGACUUGCAAUAAAGAAACUUCGCCGUGAUGUGGAUAUGGGUACAGCUGAAGAUGGAGUAAAGGAAUGGCUUAAAUCAAGAAAAUUUGUCAAGAAUAAUACUAAUAUUGAGUAG